AUGUCGCCAUAUUUUCAAGAUAUGCUGGAUGGUGUUGCUGGUAUUGGACCUGGUUACAAGGGGCCUUCUUAUGAUAAGUUAAGGGUUCAUUUGUUGGCUGAUCUUAAAAGAGAAAGUCAAAUGCUAGUUGAUAGUUAUAGGAGUGCAUGGAAGAAAACUGGAUGUACCCUCAUGGCUGAUGGUUGGACAGAUCAAAGACAAAGAACGUUAAUCAAUUUCUUGGUGUAUUGUUCUAAAGGUUUGUGCUUCGUGAAAUUAGUAGAUGCUUCCAGUAUGGUAAAAAAAUGCUUCCACUACUUGUGUAAUUUGUUUUCUGAGGUGAUUGAAUGGAUUGGCCCAAAUAAUAUUAUGCAUGUUGUGACUGACAAUGCGGCCAAUUAUGUCGCUGCUGGUAGGCUUAUCAAUAGAAAAUAUGAUAAUAUCUAUUGGUCACGAUGUGCUGCUCAUUGCCUUAAUCUUAUUUUAAAAGAUAUAAGCAGCAUGGCGCAUAUUUCUAACCUUGCAACAUGUGCUUCAAAGAUCACAGUAUUUGUGUACAAUCAUACGAGCAUCUUUGACCGUAAAAAGGAGUUGCAACAAUUGGUUGUAGAUUCAAUUUUCACUGAUCACAAAUUAGGAAGGAGUGCUACUGGUAGAGCUGUGAGUGCUAUUAUUCUGGACUGCAAAUUUUGGGAUGAUUGCUUUACUGUAUGUAAACUUGUGGGCCCUCUUAUAUACUUGCUGAGGGUUGUUGAUGCUGAUGACAAACCAUCUUUGGGAUAUGUUUAUAAAGUAAUGCUACGGGCAGAAGAUGCAAUUAAGGAGAUGUUUAGACAAUCCAAGACUGCAUAUUAG